CUUGGUCGCGUCCGUGACCCGGUAGUAGUUCUCAGGGUCGGCCCCUCCCCUUUCCUCUUUCCCUUCAGAGCAGGUGGCGGGGUGGCUGUUCUGCGAUCAUGGCAAAAAUCAAGGCCAGGGAUCUUCGUGGGAAGAAGAAGGAGGAGCUACUCAAACAGUUAGAUGACUUAAAGGUGGAACUUUCCCAGUUGAGAGUGGCCAAGGUCACUGGAGGAGCUGCAUCCAAGCUUUCUAAGAUCCGAGUCGUCCGAAAAUCUAUUGCCCGAGUUCUGACUGUCAUCAACCAAACACAGAAAGAGAACCUCAGGAAAUUCUAUAAGGGCAAGAAAUACAAGCCCCUGGACCUUCGGCCUAAGAAGACCCGUGCCAUGCGCCGCAGGCUUAAUAAGCAUGAGGAAAGCCUGAAGACCAAAAAACAGCAGAGGAAGGAGCGCCUGUACCCCCUUCGGAAAUUUGCUGUAAAGGCAUAAUUUGCUAAAGUGCUCAAUAAAAAGACAAAUUGUUAUAACCUGUGGAAUACUGAA